AAAGACGUCAUUCAACUAAUGCACGUGUAACCAAAGUGAUAAAAGUGUAUAAAAACAUGACGAUAACGGAAUUUGUUAUUACUGAUACCAGCUAGUGUUGUGAUAACAUCCGUCGAAGUAUGAACUUCACGAGUCCCUGUCCCACGACACCAAUUUUCGCCACUCUUAUUAACACACUGCUAACGUCUCAGUGUCUACUGUCACCAGUGGACCUCUUCCCAUCCGAUUACGGACCGAAAUUGCAAGAUGGCGACCAAUUUGAUUUCAUCGUCGUCGGUGGGGGGACUGCGGGUUCAGUUGUCGCCAGCAGGUUGUCGGAAAAUCGGAACUGGAAGGUUCUUUUGUUGGAGGCGGGCGGUUAUCCAUCGGCGGAAAGCGAGAUUCCCAUGAUGUGUGUGGCCGCAGUAAAGGGCGCGGAGGAUUGGGGUUACGAUUCCGAACCGUCUCCAGGUGUGGAAAAUCGGACGAUGUGCUGUCCGAGGGGUAAGGCGUUGGGUGGAAGCGGUGCCAUUAACGGCAUGAUUUAUUUGCACGGCAAUCGUGAGGAUUUCGACAGCUGGGAGGAAGAGGGUUGGGAUUAUGACUCGGUCGUGGAGUAUUACAGGAGAUUUGAGGAUCUUCGGGGAGUUGAAGAUGAACGUUUCGGCAAGGGAGGGGAGCUGAAGGUUAUUUGGGAGAAAAGUCUUCAGCCCCUACGACAGGUUUUGAUUGAUUCCUUUGAGGAGUUGGGGUUCGGGAAAUUCACGGAGGAAAACGGUAUUGGUCACACGUAUGCUUAUAACAAUAUAUGGGAGGGUAGAAGGUUUAGCACAGCUAAAGCCUUUUUGUCCACGGCGGAACCACGGAAGAAUCUCCAUCUGGCCCUACACUCUCAUGUAGAAAAACUGCUGGUGGACGAAUCUCUUAAGGUGACCGGUGUCAAAGUGCGCAUCAACGGUAAACUCCUGAAGAUCACCUCCAAGGGAGAGGUUGUACUAUCGGCUGGUGCUGUUAACUCCCCCCAGAUUUUGAUGAACUCGGGGAUUGGUCCGCGCGAACACCUGGAGCGGGUAGGAAUUCGGGCGGUCAAAAACCUGAAGGUGGGUCGAAACCUGCAAGAUCACCUGGCCUUCACCGGGCUGGCUUACAACGUUGCGGAAAGCGCUCUUCUGCCAAAGAACCGCGGUGAUGUCAUCGACGAACUGUACCAGUACUUCAUGCACAGAAGCGGUCCCUUAAGUAAAUCUCCGGCGGAAAGCUUGAUUCUCUUCGCCAACACCAAGCGCCAACCUAACCGUCCCAGUCUAGAAGUCUACCACAUUAUCAUUUACAAGGACGAUAUAUAUGGCGCGUUACCUUUUCUGAAGAUCGCAUGGAACCUUCCCGAGGGAGCGGUUCAACAGCUAAAAGCGAGCAGCCAAAAGUCACACGUCAUCCUCUUAGUUCCCGCCCUCACCUACCCGGCUUCGACUGGCAAAGUCUUGCUGGACGGUUCCGAUCCGUUCGGUCCUCCGAAAAUCUUCACCAACCACCUCGGCGACGAGGACGACGUCCAAACGCUGCUCGAUGGUAUACGCCUCUGCCAAAACUUGACCCGAACCGCGGCGUUCUCCGCGCAGGCGCCCGAGCCGCUGUUCGUAUCGCUGCCGCAGUGCGAGCGAUUCGAGCCGGACGGCGACGAGUACUGGAAGUGUUUGGUGCGGAACUUCGCGACCACGACGCACCAUCUGGUAGGAACGUGCAAAAUGGGAUCGGAACGUGAUCCCGACGCGGUCGUCGAUUCGAGGUUGCGAGUGCACGGCACGCAAGGCUUGAGGGUUGUCGAUGCGUCGGUAAUGCCGAGAAUAAUUAGUUGCAACGUGAACGCGGCUGUUACCAUGAUCGGGGAGAAGGGGGCGGCUAUGAUCAGGGAGGACUGGGAACGGGAGACACACGAGGAACUUUGAUCUUGGGGAGGUGUUCGUUUUGAUACCACCAAGCAGCUUUUGAGUUGAAUUUUCCAAUAAAUUGUAUAACGCGGAAUAAGAAUCUGAAAGCAAGUAAUCGUC